AUGAAUUCCUUGGUUGUAUCACUCAUAUGUUGUUCCAGAAUUAACAUCAACCGAGAAGACGACCAUACGAUCUGUACUGAUCAGCCAUGUGUGAACUUGAAAAUUUGUGAUGAGAGACAUUUAUACAUGGUUUGGCUCAAAACAUUGGGUGAGAUCGUACACAACAGGGACAAACCAGCGAUGCGUGUUGUAUAUCAAGGAGCUUCAGUUCAUCAGCAUCUGUUAGUUUCAAGCGAAGUUGCAAGGAGGUACGAACCUGGAAAUCAGGAUAAAGGGGAUGUCCUGCAUGUUAGCUUCUAUUACAUUAAUUCCAAUCUCAAUACAUAUGAUAUAUCCUCUCUACAAGUUUAUUCAAAUAAUCCUAUUGAUUUAUAUAAGGAUGUGAGAAUAUUAAGUUGUACGCAACAUAAAAAUGUGGUAUGGUUAGCUGGGUUUUGCAUUGAAGGGAAUCAGAGGCUGUUAGUUUUUGAGUAUGUGUGCAAUGGCCCCCUAGACAUUCAAUUACAGGUGAACAAGGGGACACACUUAGACUGGUCAUCACAUUUGAUAAUAGUAUUUGAAACAACAGGAUUAUGUGUCAGUGAUCCUUUUCUUUUGACUCAAGAGAAGAAAGACGUGAGUAACCCAGCUACUUUCACACAAGGGCAUUUUGGUCUUUUCUUGAUAUCUUUUGUCUGUCUAUUUCAACAAGCUAGUACAGCAAUAUCAAGAUUUUCUGCAAAGGAUUAUAGUGAUCAUAUGGCACUAGUGCAUGCAUAUGAAGGAUGGAAAGAAGCUGAAAAAGAAGGAUCUGCUUAUGAAUAUUGCUGGAGGAAUUUUCUUUCUGCUGAAACACUUCAAGCUAUACAUUCUGCUCUUCUGGUGUAUUUUGCAGUGGCUGUGGUUAGCUUAAUGAAGAUAGGUCCAUCAAAGUCUAGCUUAGAAGCACAAUUAUUGGAAAAAAGCUUGGUGAGAGGAAGGGGUAUUGACAAUAUCUUAGGGUUUGAUUGGCCAGCAUCACCAUCAACUAAAUCCAUGGUUAGAUCUCUUGAAGUUUUAUAUUCACUUGGAGUUGUUGAUGAUGAUGCUAAACUCACUUCACCUGUUGGUUUCCAAGUUGCUGAGCUUCCAUUGGAUCCUAUGGUGUCAAAAAUGAUUAUAGUAUCAGACAAAAUUGAAUGUUUAGAAGAAAUCAUCACUAUUGCAACUAUACUCUCAGUUCAGUCAAUAUGGAUAUCGGUCAAAGGGCAGAGGGAGCUGGAUGAGGCCAAAUUGCGAUUUGCUGUAUCAGAGAGAGCAGCUAAGAAGAGUAGCAUAGAGACUAGGGUUAGCCUUAAAAUCAUGACAAAACGAUAUUCAGAAUCUAUCUCGGAGGCAACAUCAGGAGCUAUUGGAGCUGUUUUGAGCACAACCAUCUUGUACCCUCUUGACACCUGUAAAGCUAAGUAUCAGGCCGAGGUUCGCUCUCAUGUACGACAGAAAUACAAGUACUUUUCUUUCUUGAACUUCCCUAAAUUCAUCUGUUUUGAGUGA